AUGCCGAAGAGGCCGACGCAGGGCCUGUGGGAACAUCAUCCGCACCUCUGCCUGCCGCUGGCCAGGCGACUCCUCGCGGAGCGCGAGAGGCGACAGCCGGCCGCGCCAGCCCCCGCGCAGACUCCGGAGAACGCGCCACCAGAGCAGGCGGGCGAGGAGGCGAUGCAACACGACGCAAACCGCCCAGAUGUGAGUGGUGAGGGCUGGGAAUGCGUCAGUAUGUGGAGAUCGGCAGUGGUUUGA